AUCUCCAUGCAUGUUCUCGACACAUUGGGUACUCCGUAUAUUCUAAUUACUUAACCUAGUUAAUUUACAACGUGCUUGAAUCCGCGUCUCUUGUAGUAGAAGCUGCCAUACAUCACCAGCUGGUUUUCCUUUCUUCCACGCUCCCUUCAUUCUUUCAAUUUCGACGUAUCUACUUAUAAAUUCUCCGAAAACAUGGAAGAAGACAACAGCAGAUGGAGGUUGUUAAGCAGGCUGAGAACAGUCGUCAAGAAGGUCACUUUUCUUAUGAACUCAAAUGUAAACCGGUGGCGCGCUGUCUCCUCUUUCAUAGGUCGUUCAGGCAGUCGCCGGCGGCUGAGCUUUGGGGAACGACUAGGGUUGACAGCAAUAGUGUCAUCCUCCGAUGAUGAAGAACAAGAACAUGAUAAUCAUUGUGAUUCUGGUUCUUGUUCUCAUGGAAAGGUGUUGGAGAAGACGAGAAGCUUUCAUAUACAAAGAACCAUGAGUUUUCCUGAAGAAGAUGAUGUGGAUAAGAGAGCUGAGAUGUUUAUUGAGAACUUUUAUCGACAAUUAAGAUACGAACGACAAGUUUCUUUGCAACUUAGGUACAGAAGAGAUACUAGUUUUGGAUCAUCUGAUUCAAAUUCGCCAUGAAUUUGUUCUUACAGUAAGAUGAUAUCAUGUUAGAUGAUGAUGACGACGAAAAUCGAAGAAGAUAAGUGUUUGAAAUAACUUCUUGUACAAGGGAUUAUUUUAAGAUUUGAAACUUUACAAGAUAAUUUAAAGGAUUUAAAAUUGAAUUCUUUUUACGGUGAUGCACGAUGAACUACGAUAUGCGAUUGAUUAAAAGACCAUAAAAGACUACCAUCCUUUACUAGGAUGUUCACUGAGUCUCGAGAAAAUGAUCUGGAGAUACUCAAUAUGAUUGAUGAAUAGUGUUUUGGAGUUCAGAUCAUGUUGUGUUACUUAUGGAAUUUUUGGUUUAUUUUAUUUUGAGUAAGCUACAAGUUUGGUUGAUAUAGUUGGUGAUUUGCUUCUGUUUGGACUUUGGAUAAAUAAGUGUUGGUCAUAUUUUAAUUUUGAUCAUUAUUUCUAAGUUUUGUUUUUGCUUUUGUUUUC